AUGCCCAUCCCAGUCCAAGUUAUAAACGGCCAAAAGACCUUCACGGUCCUCGAAAACAACCCCGAAGUAAUGAACGCCCUAGGCUUCAAACUCGGCCUCUCUCCCUCCCUCCAAUUUCACGACAUUUACUCCCUGACCGACCCCACCCUCCUGGCCCUCAUUCCGCGCCCCGUCCACGCUCUGCUAGUAAUCCUCCCGCUCACCCCAGCCUGGCACGCCAACCGCGUCGCCGAAGACUCUACCUACCCUGCACUUUCAUCCCCCCCUUCCAUAUCCGAAUCAAUCUUUACAUCAGACUAUAAUACAGGCGAAGACGAGCAAUGGGGCGGCAUAGUGUGGUUCAAGCAAACCAUCGGCCACGCAUGCGGCAGUAUUGGCCUCCUACAUUGUGCGAUCAACGGCCCUGCGAGAAAGUAUAUCGAGAAAGGAAGUACGCUUGAGAAGCUCAGGGAACAGGCACUCCCAUUGGGCGUCGCGGAGAGGGCACAGAUGCUAUACGAUGAUCUGGAUUUCGAGACGGCGCAUCAGAGUGUAGCUGAGAUGGGAGAUACGGCUGCGCCAAGUGCGGAAGCUGGUGAUAAACUAGGCCAGCAUUUCGUCACUUUCGUCAAAGGCGAUGAUGGGAAACUGUGGGAGUUGGAGGGCAGUCGGAAAGGGCCGCUAUUUCGUGGUAUGCUUGCUGACGAUGAAGAUGUGUUGAGUGAGCGGGGUUUGGCGUUGGGGCUGGGGAGGGUCAUUGAAAUGGAGAAGGCGAGUGGAGGGGGGGAUUUGAGGUUUAGUGCUAUUGCUCUUGCGGGGAAGUGGGAUGAUUAA